AAGAAGCAUCCAAAAUGGUGCAGCUCGAAAUUAACAAAAAGCUACUGCCCAUGAAGGCACACUACUUCCUCUUCAAUGCAGGAACGGCUCCGGUAGUGCCUUUUAUGCCGACGCUUGUGCGGCAGCUGGGUUUUUCGACGGUGAUCGUCGGCACGAUCUACACGGUCCUACCGAUCGUGGGCAUGCUGGUGAAGCCCCUGUUCGGCAUCAUUGCCGAUCGGUUCCAGCGUCAGAAGCUGUUGUUCCUGAUCUUUCAGAUUCUAACGGCCGUUCCAUUCUUUAUGAUCAUGUUCAUACCGGCCAUCCCGCAAGACUCGACCGUAACAUUCCAUUGCCACAACGGAGCUGCCGAUCUUAAGUACUGUCCGGAAAAUGGUACCAGCAUUGAUUCCUGCCUGGUGGAAAGUAUCACAACCAACGAGAGCAACGGGACACUGCUGUGCGAUAUGGAAUGCCGCACGGAACCAUGGAUGUGGGACACAGUGUGCAACUACUGGAACGUGUCCAAGUACUGCGACGAAAAGAACAUUCCCACCGAUCGUAUCCUAAGACUGACGGGUGUUGUACCCAACAACCACAUUAAUCUGGUCGACGAAUGUCUAUUCUUUAUGUUGCGCGAGGGCAAAAUGGACGGUGAGCGGGUACCGCUUUACUGUCCGGCCAAUACGACCGAUUUCCGGACGAGUUGUCAGGUGCAGUGUAACAACGAGCAGGUGAUGGGUGCCAUUUCACACUCGAAAAUUGCGGACAGCGAAGUGACGGGCCUGUAUCAGUUCUGGCUGCUGUUCCUGUUCCUGAUCUUCAGCUGGGCUGGUAUGGCUGUCGUCGUGAGUGUAGGAGACGCGAUCUGCUUUGAGAUGCUUGGCGAUAAGCCCCAUCUGUACGGCAACCAACGGCUGUGGGGUUCGAUCGGUUGGGGUACGGUAUCACUUUUUGCCGGCUUUCUCGUGGACAAACUGUCGGAGGGAAAGCUGACGAAAGAUUACACAAUCGUCUUUUACAUGACGAUCGUGCUGAUUGCGUUCGAUAUGCUGUGCUCGUCUAAGCUACAGCACACCCAAACGCGUCUCUCAACCAACAUUUUGAAGGACGUUGGUAAAAUAUUUGUCAACUUCCGGAUUGUGGUAUUUUUCUGCUGGUGUGUACUGAUCGGUUUCGGAACGGCGCUGAUCUGGAACUUCCUGUUCUGGCAUCUAGAAGAUCUCGCAAGUGCACAAGAAGGAUGCGGCCAUUCGACGUGGAUUAAAACAUUGGAAGGAAUCAUCAUGUCAAUUCAAACGUUCGGUGGUGAACUACCGUUUUUCUUUCUCUCCGGCUGGAUAUUGAAAAAGAUUGGUCACAUUCAUGCGAUGAGCUUGGUACUGUUAGGGUUCGGUGUGCGUUUCCUGCUUUACUCGCUGCUCUCCGAUCCCUGGUGGGUUAUACCGAUCGAGUUUAUGAACGGUAUUACCUUUGGGCUGUUUUACGCGACGAUGGCAUCCUACGCCAGUAUCGUGGCACCACCCGGUACAGAGGCCACAAUGCAGGGACUCGUUGGAGCAGUCUUCGAGGGUGUCGGUGUAUCACUGGGCAGCCUGCUGGCCGGUAACUUAUUCUACCGCAUCGGCGGUAGCUCAACGUUCCGAGCCUUCGGUAUAGCGGCGCUGAUACUGUUUGUGCUGCAUGUUGUGGUGCAGAAACUAAUCGAUCGCUUCGGUAGCUACGAAACUCGCCCUGGGUAUGCACCACCGAAGGAGGCGUUGGAAAAUUUAGAGGACGAUCAACCAAUCGUGGCCGGUGGCAGCUAUCAGAAGUAA